CGCCAAAUCCCUAGCAUUGAGAGAGAGAGAGCCUGGGCUCGCCUUGUUAUCGCUGCAGGGAAAUCGCCCAGAAUUGGGUUCGUCCAGCCCGGCUCCAGAGAGCGAGCGAGCGUAGGCCUCAGAGGCAGGCAGCCGGUGCGAUGCGCUGUGACAGGCGGCAAAAUGAUCCAGAGAUACAGCCGGAGGCUGCUGUCCACGCCGCCGGAGAUACAAAACCUAUUGCAUCGCAGUGUUGAAAAUCAUCCACUGCCAGAUAAACUAGAAGAGUUUUCAACACCAUCUCCUAUCACCAGUGUUGAGGAUGUUGACUCCACCUGUAGUUGUGAGUCCGAGAUUUCUGAUGACACCAGUAACCAACCUUCUCAGGAUGAUUUUGGACACCAUUGGUCUGCUGCCAACAGUUACACGGGAACCAGGAUCUCCACUGCCUGCAGCUCUACCUUCUCUUGGGGUGACAAUGAAUUUGAGAACACAACCUCCCAACAGGUUCAACAAAUGCUCUGUGAGAUUGAUGAACUUCUGUUUGAAGAUAAAACAUGUUCUCAUGUGCAGAAGCUGGAGAAGGAGUGCCAGGAAUGGAAAUGGAGGUUCCCACAUUUUCGAAUUUUGGGGAAACAAAUAGUCCCUCCUGCUGAUGAAGCAUAUUGCUGGUAUCCUGGUCCAGAAAAUGUUGCUACUCCAUUGCCAACUUUCAGUUCAAGCUCUGAAGGAGAUGUGACUGAACUUUGUGUUCUUGGUAAAAAAAUGAACAUCUCGGAUCUUUCUCAAUGCAAAGAUGGUGACUUUAUGCAGAAGAUUGCCACAUUUCCUGGGGAAGAACAUGAAGAGGCAGAGAAUGGUGUGAUUGUUGCUGAAGGCAUUGUUGAGGAAUACCUAGCAGUUGACCGCCGAGAGCUGGAAGAUGAAAACUAUGAGAAGAGAUUGGCUCCUAUUUUGCAGAGUGAAAGCAGACUGGGGCUACCUCUAGUCUCUCUGAGUCACUGCAGGAAAAAUAUAAUCGUGGCAGAGCUCUUUAAUGAGGUGUGGCUGGAAUUCCUGGGUUGUAUGGAGGAGCUGAUCCGGAAGCACUGGGAAGGGCACGUUUCAGAUGAAGAGAAGAGCACUGCCUCAGACGAAAGUGCAGGAAUCGAGCAAACAAAUUUGUUCUUGCCCCUUGAACCGCAGUUAUCACAAGUUCGAGUACCAGCUUUGACCUCUUAUUUAACAAAAUCUCAGCGAUUUGAUUCAACUGAGUGGCUUGCUAUGCAACUUCAGAAGACAUUUAAGAGUCAACCACGAUGGUGUGGAUCAGGAGUCACAUACAGGACGGAUGAGGUUCAGCAAGCAUACUCUGGAGCAGUACAGAGCAGGCCAAGUAGUUUGCAGAUCCAAGGGAUUCCCUUUCAUCAGCGAAGCACUUCAUUAUCUGGGAAGAUUCAAACUCAAAGUAUAGCUAUCAGCAGUGGCAACUUCUGGAUGGACUGUACCAUGGAUCAAAAUGAGAGACCUGUUCUGCGACCACGUUCAAGCAUCAUCUCUUCAAACCAUUUUCGAGCAAACCAUCUGUUGGAACCUAGUGUUACCUCUCUGUCCUACCCAGUUCCUUCUGCACGACGGCGCAAUCCUCCUCGGACCCUGCACCCAAUACAUUCCAGUCUAUGUCACUCUGGAACUCCAGCUGAAUCCAUUGAUGAAGUGGUGCAGGGUAUACGGCUACAAACAGCAAGUGAUCGCCUCUCUGCCUCAACGCUGCCUCUCAGACACAAUGCCCUACUUCCACCUAUCGGCAGCGUUGAUAUUGAUCAUUCAGCUGGAAAGUUAACUGCUCGACCACAGAAAAUACGAAUGUAUUCAAACCGGGCUCACAGUGCAGUCAUAGAUGAGACAAGCCAUCUGCCUCCAAAAGACAGACUUCUGGGGCAUGAGUACUUUACCAGACCCAAAACCUCACACACCUUCCGGUCAGAUAUUUCUUACCAUCGGUCCUUCACCGCUCUGGAAUAUGCUCAUCACGCACACACUGACAGGAGAUUUGCUGGACCAGAUUCCAAUUCCGCUGGAUUGACUGAACUGAAUUUGAAUAGUUCCAGCUCCUCUCACCUCGAAAUAUUGCAACAUCACAGCCACAGUGGGUCAGUAAUUGAAGCUGAAGAGAAGGUGGAGGAGCAGACGUCACUGGGUCACCGUUUACCGCUCCCCAUCCCACCUCUUAUUCGUGGAGGCAUUGGCUCAAGAAGCAGGACUGCGUUAUAAAAAACAAUAGAAGGGAGCUUCAUGGAGGAAGAGUCUACCUUACCCAUUCUAGUGAGUGAUGUCUGGACCAAAGCAUGUUGUUUUUUGCACAAUUCAGGAACAUGGCCAGCAAGCAGCACACCCUCUCUGUCUAACUGAGUGGUUUUAUUCAGAGCAAUGACUGAUGUAAAAUAUGUUAUCAACCAUCUGUUUAGGUUGGAUGCAACAUAAAAGGAAUUUUGAGUCCAUUUGCUGUGAGAACCAAGUAGCGAUGAAUUAAUCAAACUCCUGAUUGCUAGCUCAGCAAAGCCUUUAUCCAUAGAUUGGUAUUUACGAGGAUAGAAAUGUGUCAGUUUAACCUGAUCUGUUUGAUUUAUCUUCUUCCACACAGGCCUCUGCUAGCCAUUAAAAUGAUUUCGAAGGAAGCCUGUGGCAAGUGUUGAAAACUUCCUGCCUCCAGUAUCUAUGACUAAUUUGGUCACAGUUAUGAGAUGCUGGAUUUGCAAUUGGCUGUUGAAAUUACCUUGUACUGAUCUGUAAUGAGGGAGUGAGGGAGUCCCAGGAAUGUGUAGCCUUAAAAUGGAGUUCCUGGAAAGUGUGUGAGCUAGGGGUCCUAGACACAUGUGGGACAGAGUGGGAGGAGGGGGUACCAGGAACACCUGAUAGAAACAAGUCCCAGGAGUAUGUGAGAGGAAGUGGGUUUGGAAUGUGUGGGAGUUGAGGAUACUGGGAAUGUGUGCGGGUUAGUGAUCCCACUUAAAAUUGGCUUUUGAAAAAAGUUGUCCACAUUAUGAUUUAUGCACAUUAAAUUACAGAGAAUGUGAACCAUGAUCUUUUAAUAUGGUCUGGCAGAGGCCUUAGUGGACACAUGACCUCCUGCUUCACAACUUCCACUGUCUGUCUCCCUGCUCUUGAAAACCCCAUCAAAGGAGGACAUAUGUCCGGUUUCUCUGGCUUGAAAACAUGGGUAGAAUUUUUGUGAGUGAGCCCAAUGUGAACAUAACAAUGUCUAUUGAUGCACCAAGAAUGAAGUGAUAAUGAGGACAAUACAUUUGUCUUUUCACCCUUCUGCCUUUGGGAAUUAAAAUUCAGAGUCAUCUGUUCGAACAAGUUUAUAAAGUUUAGAAGAAUAAUAUAAUUGAUUGAUCCACAGACAGAUUAGAAUCACACUUUGUAACUUAUUCCAAGGCUCAUUGUUUCAUACUUUAGAGAACCUUGUGCUCUAAGUCGACGUUAAAACUGCUAAAGAAAACAUUGCUGGUCAGCAACACUGACAGAGAUAUAUUGCACAAAUGCUAACUGAUACUCAACUGACAAGCGGUUUAGCAGGGAAGGGUAGAUUCACUUCAAUUAAGUCCACUACCCAGUACUGAUCUAAACAGCUUUUUGUCACUGAUUUAAGCAGACAUUGUCCACAUUAUUCGAAAAUUGAAACUAAAACGUUUAAUCUGUAUCUAUUAGACUGCUAUUAUGUUAAAAAGGACAUAGGAAUAGGAGAAAGCCAUCUAGUCCCUUGAUUCUUGUUCAGCUACUCAGUGAAAUCAAAGCUGCUCUGUGACCUGAGUCCAUAUACCCAACUUUGCUCCUUAUUUGUUAAUAUAUCUGGAUAAUAAAAAUAUUAGUCCCAGUUUAAUACGAGCAAUUAAUCCAAGGUUGUUUGAAAUUUACA